CGCACUACACAGCUGCAAGUCCAGGCUUAUCAUUUUUUCGUGAAUUAAAAAUAAUAAAAAAAAACUAAAUCUAAUAGAUCUAGACUAGUCUAGAUAUUUUAAAGAUAGAACUUGAAUGCCCUUCUAGCAAAAGCUUUUGGAUAUUUUAAAGUUACAUAAUCAAGGAUGGGACACCACAUUUUAUGAAUGGAAGAAAUAUUCAAUAAGUAAGAUCCAUCAUUGCGAUGAUUUAGAGUUGUUGAAUAUCUAGUGAGGUCUCACCUACAAAGAUGGCUCAUUACCUCUCAAGUGAGAGUGACGACUACUACCCUCCCCCACCUAGGCAAAGACGUCAUUCACAAACAAAUGAUGACAGAGUCUAUCGGCUGACUUCUAAUUUACAGGAAUCAACCCACAACCUCAAGUCCAUGGAUCACAUGUUGGAUGAGCUCACCUCUAUACAACACAACCGCAGGUCUGCCAUAGACAGGCUGCGAGGUGACCUUGAUCAAACUCAAGAUGACAUUCAGUAUGAGAGGUCACGAGGUCGAGAUUAUGGGAGUGACUCAGAGAAUUAUGGGUCACCAACUGGCAGCCAUUACCGGCGUAGGUCAGCGGUCAGGUUUGCCGAUGACAUGAACCGGGAACUUCACGGCAUCCACCAGUCUGUCAGGGACCUGUCGGCCGAGCAGCUAAAGAUGGAGGAGAGUCUGAACAGGGAGAUGGACCGGAGGGACAGACAUGACAGUGACACCAGGCGCUCACUCCAGGACAUUCACUCCACAUUGAAAGUUAACACUGUCCUUGAUCCACUUUCAACACGGGUGGAGAAGAGAUUGCAAGCCAUCCAAUCAGAAAUCAGAUCUGAGAGACACCACCUUGACAGAGAUCACCGUGGUGAUGAUAUCAACGCUCUGUCUUCUGAACUUCGGAAUGCCAUUCAGUCUGCCCAAACCAAUCAUAAUUUAGAUGACAAACUCCGCAGCCAGUAUUUACAAUCAGAAGCCAUACGGCACAAGGUGGAAGGAGAGUUGGACAACCUCAGGCGCCGACUGGACCAGACGGAGGGCAGUCGAAUAGCUCUACAGAGUCAGGUGGAGCAGCUCCAGAAUCAGCUGGCUAGAGAAGGGCAGGAGAGGCACAGGUUGAAGCUGGACCUGGACGAGUCACGCAUAGAGGCAGAGGUCAAGAAGGAGAGGAGGAGAAGGGCAGCAGAGGAUGGGAAGGCCCAGAGUCUACAGAAGGAGCUCCAUGAGAUGAAGGACCACCUGGUCAGGUCAGUGGGGGCAGUCAAUGAGCUGGAGGAACUCAGGAGGAAGCUGGACAAGAGUGAGCGCCAGAGGACACAGCUCUCUGAUCACAUUGAGACAUUAGCAAAAGAUUUGGACAACCGUGAGCGCCAGAAUGCCAAGGUGAUCACUCAGCUGAAAGACAUCUCAGACAAGUAUGAAGACUCAGACAGACAAAGGAACUACCUGCUGCAGCAGACAGAAGACUUGCAGCAGAAGCUGCGUGACGUCAGCAAGGAGCUGGAGAAAACAACACAUGAGCUCCGGAACACGCAGCUCUCACUGCAGGAGAGUGAGAAAAAGAAAGAUGAGUUUAAGGGCAGAGCUCAGGAGACUAUACGCCAAUGGAAGGCCAAGGUCAAGUCUUUGGAGCGAGAUUUGGACCGCCAGAAGCACGGCAGCGGGCAGAUGUUGACACGCCACGAACAGCUGAUCAAGGAGCUGGAGGGCUACAAGCAACACGGCAACUACCAUCAGCUGCAGGUGGACGCCCUCAAGAGGGAGCUGUCUGACGCUCUGGCAGUGCGAGCAGCUCAGGAUGAACAGAUCAGGCUGAAGGAUAUUGAGGUCAAUGAACUCAAGUCUAUCCGUAUGGACCUGGACAGGGCGUAUAGAGACACCAGGAGCAUGUCUGAGAAGAUGGAGACUGAGCUGCACACCCUGAGGUCAAGAGUGGCCAACGUGUCUGAGGACAAGCACCACCUGGAGGACAAGUUGUCUGCCCUGGAAGCUGCUCACCAGUUGGCCCAGGAACAGUCUCACUCCCUGCAGGAGGAGCUGAAGGAGCUGAGCAGUAUCAAGGCGGGGAUAGCGGCCCAGUUGGCCGAGACUGUGGCCAAAAAUCAUGACCUGAAGCAGGCAGUGGUGGAGCUACAGCACAGGGAGAGGGGGGCCAAGGAGGAAGUAGAGUUGUACAAAAAACAGUUGCUCCAGGAGAGAAAUGGGCUCAGCCAGGACUACCAGACCCUGAAACUGGAACUUAAUGAAGCCAAGGUACGUGAGGCCCACACCAUGCAGGAGAUAAACAGGAAGUUCCGUGUUCAGGCAGCAGAACAUGAAGCAAUAUUACAAGCACUCAAGAUGGAAUUGUCAGAUGAAAAAAGUAAUGCCAAAAUUGCAAACAGAAAUGCUGAAAGGUUGAAGGAAGAACUGGACAUCGUGGAGAAGAGAUUUAAAAUGUCUGAGGAAGAAAACAGUGCAUUAAGAAAGAAAAUGGACCUUGUCAGAUACGAGUUUGAAGCGCAGUCCCACCUGGCAGAAGAUGAUUUGAACAGAGUCAAGAAACUGGAGCUCCAGUUGGGCAGUGCUCACAUGGACCUUGAGAAGCUUGAGAAACAACAAAUUAACCUGAUUCAAGAGAUAGCUAUUGAGAUUGAUGCCCUAGUGGAGACUGCCUCAUUUGAUGCCAUUAGUCGCUGUCAGCAAAUAAAUGGCUUAAAAAAUCUGGCCACAUCUGGCAUACCAACACACCUUCUGACAGAAAUUAAGAAUAAAAUCAAGUGGUUGAGGGGAGAGUUCAGAGACAGACUUGUCAGGGAGAGAAGACUGAGGCAGGAGUUCAGGACAGCGCUGUCUGCAACUGAUGCUGACCGACAGUUUCUUAUUGAUCAGUUGGCUCGGAAAGAUGAGGAACUGGACGAUCUCAUACAGGAGAAACAAGAGAUUGCUUAUAAAGAAAUACAGAGUCAAGUGGUAGUCAACGAUCUAGAGGAACACGUCCUUGACCUCUCUGACCAGCUCCACCUGAGGCAGCUCCGUGAGGACGAGCAGAGGAAAAUGUUUGUCCGAGAGAAGCAGAACAUCAUCCACGAGAUGGAGGACAUUCUGGAUGCCCAGACAGAGAAGGCUAAAAUCGAGGAUCGUUACAAAAGGCUGCAAGAAACUCUCAAGUCUCUACACCAGGACCUGAGAACCAACCACUCGGACAAUGGCAAGAAAAACAACGGCAUCCUGCGUGGACCCAGCCCCACCACCCCACGCAAACACGUCAGGAUCUCCCCCUCCACCCCAACCAAAGAAUUCAACUCGGAGGAUCCAGUCACGACAUCGCCGCCGCCCAUGACACUCUCAGACGACGAGUUUCGCGCCAGAUUUCUACCCAGGACCCCCCAGGGUGGGGAUCUGUAGGGACCGGGGGUCAGGUUUAUCUCCCAAAUACAGCCUGGCUUCCAGUCUCAGUCUCAGAUGAUGACGUCAGUGACGUCUUCAACUUUUAAUGAGUGAUUAGCUGGUUUAUUUUGUCUCUAGAUUUUUUUAAAUGUUCAAAUUGUCACCAUGUACAGUGCUAAACUGUCAUGACACGUGCAGUAGUGCUAAACUGUCAUGACACGUGUAGUAGUGCUAAACUGUCAUGACACGUGCAGUAGUGCUAAACUGUCAGGACACGUGCAGUAGUGCUAAACUGUCAUGACACGUGCAGUAGUGCUAAACUGUCAGGACACGUGCAGUAGUGCUAAACUGUCAUGACACGUGUAGUAGUGCUAAACUGUCAUGACACGUGCAGUAGUGCUAAACUGUCAUGACACGUGCAGUAGUGCUAAACUGUCAUGACACGUGUAGUAGUGCUAAACUGUCAUGACACGUGCAGUAGUGCUAAACUGUCAGGACACGUGCAGUAGUGCUAAACUGUCAUGACACGUGUAGUAGUGCUAAACUGUCAUGACACGUGCAGUAGUGCUAAACUGUCAUGACACGUGCAGUAGUGCUAAACUGUCAUGACACGUGUAGUAGUGCUAAACUGUCAUGACACGUGCAGUAGUGCUAAACUGUCAGGACACGUGCAGUAGUGCUAAACUGUCAUGACACGUGCAGUAGUGCUAAACUGUCAGGACACGUGCAGUAGUGCUAAACUGUCAGGACACGUGCAGUAGUGCUAAACUGUCAGGACACGUGCAGUAGUGCUAAACUGUCAGGACACGUUGUGUAGUACCUAAUUGCCUCAUGUAGUCUUUUGUCUUAAUGCUCCUUGUUUUUAAUGUCCUUAUGUGUGUCCUUAAGUUUUUGAUGUCCUUAUGUGUGUCCUUUAGUUUUUGAUGUCCUUAUGUGUGUCCUUUAGUUUUUGAUGUCCUUAUGUGUGUCCUUUAGUUUUUGAUGUCCUUAUGUGUGUCCUUUAGUUUUUGAUGUCCUUAUGUGUGUCCUCUAGUUCUUAUUGUCCUUAUGUGUGUCCUCUAGUUUUUAAUGUCCUGAUGUGUGUCCUCUAGUUUUUAAUGUCCUUAUGUGUGUCCUCUAGUUCUUAAUGUCCUGUCAACUGUGUGGCUGUAGGCCUAUACGAUGUGUCUUCUUCAUCAUUCUACGCAAGCAUUAUCAGUCACUUGUAUUUGAUGAAAUAUCGUUUUAAACAUGGCUAUUUUAAAGUCUGAUGCUCAUCUGUCUUGUAAUACUUUAGUAUCAUUUUAGCAUUAUAUUUAGUUUAUAUAUAUAUAUAUAUAUAUAU